AUGGCGCCUUCAACUACCCGCCAGCAGCCAGUCUUGGCAAGCUUCCCAUUCCUCACGGUCGAAGAGUUCGACUCUGCCUGUUGUCAAUUUUGCGAUCGUGUUCAAGUGCUGGAGGACUCGCUGAAUGUCCACUUCACUCGACGGGCAGUUGGGCCGAUUCUAAGCAUAAGACGGCGCAUCGCUGACGUUAGUGUUUCCGCAUACGAUGUGCUCUGCUUGGCAGACGAAUCGAUUCGAGAAUGGCAUGUAGGAGCUUACGAAGAUGACCCCGAAGCUCUCAUCCAUAUACCUGAGUCCAGCGUCGACUUAGAUGUGAUUUAUGACGUCCAUCUUUCGCCCAUAUAUCACGUGCCCGUUCUGUAUUUCACUUUACGACCCACCGGUCAUCCCGGACAGUUGGGGAUCGACGCGGUUUACCAAUAUUUGGUACCGAAUCAGUACAGGAAGGAACUCCAAAGCGUGGGAGUCAUGGGUGGGAUUAGCUUGGGUUAUCAUCCAGAAACUGGAUCUCCAACAUUCGUUGUCCACCCGUGCAACACUGCAGAUGCUAUGAGGCAAAUCGCAGGACACCAGCGUGUCACGCCUGAGACAUACCUCAUCCUUUGGCUCGGACUGGUCGGAAAUCAUUUAGGUCUUCAACUGCCAAUGGAAUUAUUCGCGGCAGAUGAGAUGGAGCGGAUUCCGAGGUCUUGAUUCGCAUUUUCGGCUUGUAGGGAAAUUCCAAGCUGACAUGCUGGAACCUCGCUGAAUAGGACCCGGGCCUGCGUAUGCAUCGGCGAACUGAUUUGGGACCUAGUCUUCGUCGGAGGAGGCUUCCAUUGGGACAUCGCUAUCUUCGUCCAUUGGGGCAUCUUCUUCGUCGCUUUCGUCCUCACGAGGUCGUUUCACACCGUGAGCUGUCUGGUCCUCUCCAUUGAUUUCGCCAUUGGGUCUCGGCGGUAGUGUUACUGAUCCAGGAGGGCCGCUGAAGAUCGAUUUUUGUAGCUCAGUAGAUGCUGCUCCUGGCUGUCCACUGAAGACAGUAUUUGACAUGUUGUAUGUUCCGCGAAGCCUAGCGAUAACGUCUGAGGUGCCUUUGGCAUACACAAGCUUCUGUAUUGGUUUCAUUGUUAGUAACAGUCAUCGACCUUGGAGUAUAGGCUUUACCAUAUGUUUGCCAAAAAACUCGAACCCCUGGAGAGCGCGC